AUGUCACCACAGCAAAAGUAUACAUCAAAAUUGGCCGGUACCGCCAUUCUUGUGGUCGGCGGCACCUCUGGCCUCGGUUUCGGCGUUGCAGAAGCGAGCAUCGAAUACAAUGCCGCACAUGUAUACAUAUCGUCAUCCAGCUCCCAAAAAGUCGACACAGCCAUCUCACGCCUGAAAGCAUCAUACCCAGACACUGAAACCCACAUUACCGGCAUUGUCUGCAACCUCGGCGACGAAGCCAGCCUGGAAGAAAAUGUCGCUGCACUAUUCGCAAAGAUCGAUGGCAAACUCGACCAUAUUGUCUUCACCGCCGGUGAACCACUUUCCCCGAAGCCGAUCGCAGACAUAGAUGUUGCAUUUAUGCGGAAAGCAGGCGUCGUACGCUUCCUGGCUCCGUACUUUAUCUCCAAGCACGGCGUGAAACAUCUGAAUCCCGGACCGGCGAGUUCAAUCACCAUCACGUCGGGUUCAGUGGCAGAGAAGCCGAAUCUGAAUUGGACGGUGGUUGCAUCGUACGCAGCAGGGCUGCAUGGGAUGAUUCGGGCACUCGCACUUGAGUUGAAGCCUGUGCGUGUCAAUUUGAUCAGUCCCGGUGGAGUGGAGACGGAGUUGUGGGAGUCGAUUCUGGGCAGUCGCGAGGCUGCGCAGAGAGCUAUUGGAGCUAUGCACGCUAGAUCGACAACGGGCAAGAUCGGGAGUGUCGAGGAUGUGGUGGAGAGUUUCUUGUAUGUGAUGAAGGAUAAGAAUGUUACAGGGACGGUCAUAAGGAGUGACGGUGGAGCGUUUCUCCUGUAG